UAUAUAACCGACAUUGCAAGUAACCCCCACAAAACCCUAGCCACAAGAAGAAGGAGAACAGACCCCUAAAAUCGGGGCAUAAUUAAUCCCUCUCGACUUCUAGGUUUCAUCAAUCGAGAGCUUUGAGUUUUAGAGUUUUCCAAAAGGUCUGCUGGUGAUUUAUCAUUACACAGCUUGUUUGAGAAAUUUAUUGACGAAUUCCUGAAACUUUAGCAAUGGGAAAGACAAGCUCACGGAAGGACAAACCUAAGCAUGCUGAUCAAAAAUUUGAGAAGAAACUGGAGUUCUACUCGAAGGUUAGAGAAACAGUAGCUUUAGGUGCUCAAAAGGCAAUCAAGAAGAAGAAAAGGAUUAGAACCAGACAAAAGAAAUUGAAAGCAUACAAUCUGUCUUCCCUGGCCGAAUGCCUACCCGACUUAGAGUCUUCCAAGCGAGAAACGCCUGCUGAUUUCAAAGUCACCACUAAAUCAAAACAAAAACUUGUAAUGAAAGAGACAAACCAAUUGAAAACGGUUCUUAACAAUCCCACUUUCCAAGCCGAUCCAUUGGCAGCCUUACACCAACAUUUACAAAACACGCAGCCUGUUUGUGAAAAACCAGCACGGAAGAGUGUAACUGGGAAGAAGAAGAAGAACAAGAAGAAGAAAGGGUCUAAAGCGUCAACUGGAUCUCAAUCUAUGGAAGAGUGAUCCAGAAAACCGGUGACGCUGUUCCCAAAUUUUGUCAGUUGUUUACUUUCUUGUGGCUUUAUGAUCAUCGGUUUUAAUAUUACGCAAAUAGGCAUUAGAUUAUACCAGCAUUAUCUGUUUUGAUGUCUAGUAAAUACUGGGAACCUGUUGAACAAGCAAUGUUUAGAUUUUUACAUCUAAUCGUUGAGAUCAAGUUUUUGUGUGUUCAUCCA